UGCCAGGAAGGAAAAAAGAAGAUAGAAACGUCAAAUAAAAACAAACAAACAUGCACAAAGUAUAAAUUGAUCAAAAAUGUUGCUAGGAAAAGUCAAGAUUGUCUCUUUCAAGCUUUCCUUCAAGUAACAUGUCCAAAUACCAUUUGUACUCAGAAAAAUCUUAAAAUAUACAGGCUGAAAUCAUUAAUUAUUCUCGAGUUCACAUUUGGCUUUGAAGAAGAAAAUAAAUCUGGAUUGGGUCAACAUUUUUUGUUUAAAAAUCCCAGAUUGUCUUUCCUCCAAUGUUUUGUAUUCAGAAAAAUCUUCAGAUACUGUAGCAGAAUUUUUUUUCCCAAGUGUUGAUUAUUUUCCAAUAUAUUAUUGGCUUUGAAGAACAAACAAUCUAAAAAGGAAUGACCACUUUAUUUUUUGUUUCUGGUAGGAAAUAUGAUAUCAUUAGCCAAUUCCAAUUUCUUUGUCAUCUUGGCCUUAUUCUGCAGCCAAACAUGUAUCAUUAAACUUACAUCAGUAGCUGCAAUAACCUCAUUGAGGCCUGGUGAUGUACUCAAUAAUUCACAAGCACUUGAUUCAGAAGGUGGAAAAUUCCGGUUAGGAUUUUUCUCUAUCCCACAGACAAAUAAAACUUAUCUUGGAAUAUGGUAUGCAGAUGAUCGACAAGAAAGGAAAUUGUGGAUAGCAAAUCCAAACACACCUAUAUUGAACAACUCAGGGUUUCUCACCGUAGAUACUACAGGGACAUUGAAAAUAACCAGCCGAGAGGAGACAGUUGUGAAUAUUGCCCCUCCUCUAUUGACAGGAAGUUUAGUAGCUAGGCUUCAAGAUUCUGGAAAUUUUGUGCUUCAGGAUGAAAAUCGGAACGCGACUUUAUGGCAAAGCUUUGAUCAUCCUACCAACUGUCUUUUGCCUGGUAUGAAGCUUGGUUAUAACCUCACCACAAGGCGGAACUGGAGUUUAACUUCUUGGUUGAGUUUUAGUGUUCCGGCCUCGGGGGCUUUUACUUUAAGUUUGGAGGACAUUCAAGAUGCAUUUCAGUUGGUUAUUCGUCGAAGGGGCAAGGUUUAUUGGACUAGUGGGGCUUGGAACAAUCAAGGUUUUCCAUUCUUACCUUUUUCCCAUAAUUCUGCUACCAAUAAUGAGGUUACUAAUAUUUACCAGUACAAUCUUAACUUGGUAUCCGAUAAAGAUGGGAUGUUCUUCCAAUAUGAUACUUCACAGGGAAGCUUCCCAAGUCUUGCGUUGAAUUCAGAUGGAGAUAUUCUUGGUGGAUAUAGUUUCAUAUACACCCUUUUUAGAGACUUCUGUUAUGGUUAUGAAAGGGAGGACGGUUGUGUCACUACUCAGUUGCCUGAUUGCCGAAAGGAUGGGGAUAAAUUUGAGCGAAAGAGUGGCGAUUUCAUACAUACAUCUAGUAUUACUACCGAGUUUUAUGAUGAUGCAAGCAUUAGUAUUGUUGAUUGUAUGCAGAAGUGUUGGGAGCGCUGCAGUUGUGUUGGCUUCACCACAACCAGCGGCAAUGGGACAGGCUGCCGUAUUUGGAAUGGAAAUAGGGAUUUUCGUGUCGAUGAGAGUGGUAAUGCAGUGCAAAGAUAUGUUCUGGUUUCACCAAAAUCAUCUAAAGAAAAAACUUGGAUAUGGAUAGUAAUUGCUAUUGCUAUUUUAAUCACUUUGCUAAUAUCUGGUUUCAUCUGUUACAUUAUAAUGAGAAGACGCAAACUACAAGAUAAGAAAAGAAAGGAGGAAGAGCAUAUACGUGAGUUGACUGCAGCAGCCAGCUUCAACAACACAAAUUUGAAGGGGGAAGAUGGAAGGGAAGUACAAGAUCUGAAGAUAUUCAGCUUUGGAUUCAUAUCGACAGCCACAAACAACUUCUCGAGUGAAAACAAGCUCGGACAGGGUGGUUUUGGGCCUGUUUAUAAGGGAAAAUUUCCAGAUGGGAGAGAGGUGGCAGUCAAGAGACUUUCAAGAACAUCGGUUCAAGGCCUUGUGGAGUUCAAGAAUGAGCUUAUACUAAUUGCAAAAGUUCAGCAUACAAAUCUAGUACGAGUUAUAGGAUGUUGUAUUCAUGAAGAUGAAAAAAUGUUGAUAUAUGAGUACAUGCCUAACAAGAGCUUGGACUUCUUCCUAUUUGAUCAAUCAAGAAAGGAGCUACUGGAUUGGAAUAAACGUUUUGAGAUUAUAGAAGGAAUUUCUCAAGGAUUGCUCUAUCUUCACAGAUACUCAAGAAUGAGAGUGAUACAUAGAGAUCUUAAAGCUAGCAAUGUGCUCUUGGAUGAACACAUGAAUCCUAAGAUAGCUGAUUUUGGUUUGGCAAGAAUUUUCAAACAGAACGAGACGGAGGCAGUGACUGACAGGGUUGUAGGGACAUAUGGUUACAUGGCUCCCGAGUUCGCCAUGGAAGGAGCUUUCUCAAUCAAGUCUGAUGUCUUCAGCUUUGGCGUCUUAAUGCUGGAAAUUGUGAGUGGUAGGAGAAAUACUAGCUUACAACAAGUCGAUCGCUCACUCAACUUAAUAGGCCAUGCAUGGGAACUGUGGAAGGAAGGGUGUGCAUUGGAACUGAAGGAUGCAGCUCUCGGAGAUGUAUGUGACAACAGUAAACAAUUGUUAAGAGUUAUUCAUGUUGGACUUUUAUGUGUACAAGAAAAUGCACUAGAUAGGCCAACAACAUCUGAGGUUAUAUCAAUGCUUGGUAAUGAAAGUAUGCCACUACCUGAUGCAAAACACCCCGCGUUUUUCACAGGAAGAGAUGAAAUCGAAUCAAAUGCAUCUGUAACCAAAGCAGUACAACGUUUGGUUAAUAACUUGUCCAUCACUGUCCUUGAAGCAAGAUAACAUCAUUCUGAAUUCUCAUUCAGAAAGACAAACACAACCUGCAUUCUAGAUCAGUUUAACAAUGGGAUAACUCAAGUACUGAUUGGAUUCUCAUGUUUGUUGUGUUAGGAGGUAAAAGUUUGUGAGGUUACCACCAAUACAUAGUUAAAUCUUUAGGUACUCUUUACUGCAGAAAAGAUAUUGAACAAAAUCACCGUUAUCUAAGACACGAAAAAAAUCCAGUAUAGUGUGUUGGAGUUUGAAUCGUCUAUAAGGGAAAUGACAUCACACUAUGUUGGAGCCAGAAAUUCCCUAUGAAAUUCCAACUCCGUGUGAUAGAUUUCAGUGCUACAUUUCCAUUUUUCUUUAAGAGAAUCUUUUUGCAAUUUUUAUAGCUACGUAUAUAAAUCAUUCUUUUAUGUUUGAAAA